AUGGCAGCCACCUACGGGAAAACGAGUGACUAUGAUAGGAUCAAAAGAAUGAUGAAUGUGCCUCGUCCAUUAAGAAAAUAUCUGUAUUGUCAGAUAAUAACAGGAUUUUUGUUCAUAUACUUGUGGUACUCUUUCAAUGGAGGUCUUAUUCCUUGGUUCCUUCGUCACCGUAUUCCGGUCCUAAAGAUGGGACCUGACAUAAAUGCUCUGUACUUCUUUCCUCAUGUAGCAGAUGAUGGGAGCAAGCUGAAAUGGUCUCAUGGAGCAAACACGCCAAACCAACUCCAGCGUUCAUUACAGGUUGAUGUUGACAUGAUUGAGGGCGACGUAAUGCUAAAAGGUCAGGGUACAGAAACCCAGUCUCUGAUUCCUGUGAUGGGCCAGCCACGCUCUCAGGAAAGUGGGAUGCCAUUUGAGGAUUGGCUCAAUAAUAUAACUCCAACUGGCAAGGGGAUUAAAAUUGAUAUCCAGAGUACAGAUGCUGUUGAAAUCACUCUCCAGACCAUAAAAAAACACAAGGAUAAUAUCCGUGUUCCAUUAUGGAUACAUGCUGAUAUCUUCAAGGGACCCCUAGGAGAAGAACCCCCUGUGGAGGGAACUAGGUUCAUCAAACACGUUGAGCGCCUGUUUCCUCAGUGUACUCUAUCUUUAGGCUGGACGACUGGCACUCAUACCGACCUGAGUCUGGUCAGCUACACAUGGAAAAUGGUCAUCGAUAUGUACCAUUUUGUACACGAACACGAACUCGAGCCACCUCUGGUGUUCUCGGUACGCGCCUCUCUGAUGCACAACUCUGUGUCCCAGAUAAAAUGGCUGACAGACAAUACCAGGGCAUCGUUAUUAGUUUGGAAUAAUCCUGGAGACAAAGUUCUUGUUGAAGACUUCAUGCAUCUAGCUUUCAAGUUUCCACCACACAAUUUGUAUUUUGACCUUCAAGACAAACAGCUCACUGAGUAUGUGAAAGAAAAUAGGCAUGUGUCGAAGGAAAAAAUUAAUCCAUUGGUGUUGCAAAGGGAAACUGUCAUAUUUAAACCAGAGGCUUGGGUGAAGAUGGGACUGCACAUCGAACAGCACUCGAUACUGCCUAGUGAAGAAGCCAUUGUCCUUACUACUAAAACAGUGUACAUUCUUACCAAGAAUAAAUACAAACCUCGAAACCUCAUUGUUCUCCACGGGCGCGUCCAGUUUUUAAACAUUAAAGAUAAAGAUGCAGUCGGUGGUGAAACAGGAUUGAACAUCUAUAUGAGACCGACAGGGUAUGCAGAUUUUGAAAAUAUUGUUGGUAUUCGUUGUUUCAUUGGUGUGGACGGACUCUUACAAAUUUCAGGUAGCAAUUUAAAAAAGGUGAAAAACUUUAAACAAACUCACAGGAUAACACCUGGUACCUCCAAUUGCUUUCGGUUUAGUGUCCAGGACACAGGUAACGAGAUUGUAAUGCGCGUGAAUGUCCUUCACAACUGUGAAACACUCGAGAGCACAAGACGAGACGAGGAGGUUCAUGCAGAGUUUAAGGUUCCCAUUCCAGCUAAUGUUGGGAUAGAUCAACAUCCAUUUAUACUGAAGCUGGAAGACAGCAAUAGAUAUGCUGUACUUGAUGAACUUCAUGUAAAGUAUAAUCAAUUAUAGUGUAGUAUUUUAUACUUUAAAGGUUGUUUUUAUGGGUGAAAAAAAUUCUGAAACUGAAAAAUUUCAAAGAUUGUCAAAGAAUUGAUAUAUAAACAGUCAAUUAAUGUAUGAUUUUUUUUAUGUCUGAGAUUUGUUAAUCAAAGUAUUUUGACAGAAAUACAUAUCAGUUGGAUUUAACCAUGUUUAGGUAAGCUGGUUUUUUUUAGCUAUUCCCAGAAAUUUUAAGUAAGCAUAUAUCUACUGUAAGAUAUGAGAAUUAACUAUAAAAUAGAUUGUGGGUUUGUAGAUGUUUCCUGUUAAUGGAAAGAGACUAAAUGAGUUUAUUACUUUUAUUAUCAUGAAUAUAAAAAGGUAUAUAAAUGGUUGGAAUGUAAAUAGGCUCAGUCAUGAUACUUAGAUGUAAAUAAACAUUGUAUAGGGGGUAGGUGAUAUAUUGAAUCUUUACCAUUAUGACUUUUUUUAAGCUACUGUUAAUUGCUGUAGACUUAAUCAUAUAUCAAAGGCUUCCUUUUUCCCCCUAACACUGUCAAUUCAUAUUUGAAAGUUGAUGCACCAGAAAUAUUCUCUGAUGUGUUUUGGUCACUGAUUUCACUUUUUGUGGUAUUUAAGUGAAAUUUAUUGUUUUUCAGAGUUUUGUUCUGUGGAACAAGACUCAAACCUCACUGUGUUACAUUUAUUCAAUAGCAGAGGAGUUACUACCAUGCUUAGGUACGUAAUUACCUAUGAUUAUAAGCUAAUAUGUUGCAACUCAUGAAUGGUUAGGAGAAGUUGUAGAUGAUAUGGCAGCUGUGUUCAGCGGAUCUUAAAUUUGUUCUUAUUAUUACAUGUAAACAUUCUGGUUGGUGUUUUAUUGCUGACUGUAGGACUGCAACUGAACACCACACCAAUUUCACUAAUUAAUGAAGAACUAUGCUCAGUUGUAUCACUCAGCAAUAAAAUACUCUGUAAAAGGUUGUAAUGUAACAUCAGAGUAUCUAAAUAUAGAAAUAUAAAACAUAUCUGUAUUUAUACAUUCACAAAAAUGUUUAAAAGUAUUAAAUAAAACAUGAUAACUAAAACAACGCUAGAUGAUAUUCGCAGCAUAUGCCUGUUUGUUUGGUUAGUUCCUGUUUUAUUGUAUUAUGUACAACCUGAUCAAAACUGGUGCUUCCAGUAUAUUUGACAGCAAUUACAUCAAUUAAUCAUCCUUGUUUUCAAAUAUUUUUGUUAUCUUUUUCUACAAGCAUAAUCAGCUACUUUUUUUUAUAUUGUGCCAUUUGUUUACAUUUCAUUCCAGUUGUAAUUAAUCAUAAUGGUUAUUUAUGAUGGUGUAAAUAAUUUAAUUACAUAUAUCAUGACUUUGUGUUAUCUGUUAUCAUCAAAUGUCACUGUAGAUAUGUAUAUACACCUGAUCAUUAAAGUUGCACGAAUUGAGACUCCAGUCAGGAUUUGAAAAAGUCGCUAUCAAUAUUCUUUAAAAAUUCCUGUUGUGAUAACAACAGCCUUUGAUUUGUGUCUAAAUCGUAAAUAUCUGUUUCUAUUAUGACUGGAUUCAUGAAACAGAAGCUCAUUCAACAUCCUGUUUUUCAUAAACAUAUACAGCAUCAUAAUUUAUCAUCUACAUAUACAAUUAUUUUUUCACCAAUUUUACUUGCUUUACCCUUUGUUAUGCUUUUUGUAAGAAAUUCAUCUACAUGUGUCUAUUCCACUUGUACAUAUCAAUUUUAGCUAUUUCCUCAUUGCUUUGAUGAAAAGAUGUAAAUUUUUUUCUCAUUUGAUUAUAGCUGGAAUAUACAGAAGACAUUUGUUAUAAAUCUUGUCAUAACACAGUUAGAAUGAUUUUUACAUACAUUGUAGUCUUUCGUUAUGUCAUUGAUACAUGUGCUAUUAUACAAUUACAUAAAUGUAUUUUGGCUCAAAACUCCUGGAGUACUUACUCAGUGUUUUCUCUCCUACAUGGUAUUUGACUUUUUGUCUACCAAGUUUUACUUUAAUUCGGAAUUGACUGUUGUACCACUGUUAUGAAUGGUGAUAAACUUUACUAGAGCAAUGUUAUCAUUUAAUUGGUACUUUUUAAAUGUUAUUUUGAAAUCAUAUAUAAUCUUGAGCGAGAUGUGUUUCUGAGGGUCUGUUGGCGGGAAGGGGGUGUAAAUAUAUCAUAAGCUUGUUACAUAAUAUAUUCUAGAUAUACACAGUUUAACAUUAUAACAUACCACCCUUUGGAAAAUGUUCACAUCCAUAUUUUUUUUUUUAAAACAUUUAUGUAUGUAUUAUUCAUGUUUCCAAAACAGCUUUUUGUUCAAAUUUCUUUUAAUUUACUCCAAGUUGUGUAAAUAAUUUGAUUUACUGAAGAUAGGGGUUUUUACAAUGUAUGCAUCUUUUCAUAUAAAAUAUGAGCCGUCUUUGUUAAAGUGAUUACUAUUUACCUACAACACUAAUAUCUUCUGGAAAUGUUGGUCAAUCAAUACUAUAAUCCUUCUAAUGUUCUGACUUACGUAAUCAAAUAUCAAAAUGUCUGUAGUCUAUACACAUAACACAAAUGUAGAGAAGUUGUGAUAAUCAAGAAAUAGAACUGGAAUUAAUGUGUAAUAAAUUUUGAUAUUAUAUACAUUUAA